AUGGCUUCCUCGUCGGACAAGGGCAAGGUCGCGGCGUACGACCCUGCGCCGCGAACAGAGCAUUACGAGUUUGGAGGAGGACUUGGUGCACUGGGCGUGACACUCGCCGUGCCGUUCUUCACCUACUGGCUCGCUUUCGCCUGUACGGCCGAGCAUUGUCCUCCUUGGCCUAUGAGCAAGUUCGUCGCCUUCCACUCGAACGGUCUCGAGGCGAUGCGCGACUCGGCUUGGUGGGAGAGUCUCUGGAGCUGGGAGGCGGCAGGCGUCUACCUCGCUUGGUAUUUCUGGACGGUUGCGUGUGCGAUCGCGUUGCCUGGGAAGGAGAUCGAAGGAGUCGAGCUGAGGAACGGGAAGAAGCUCAAGUACACCAUGAACGCGUUCUCGACAAUGAUGGUCACCCUUGGUGGCAUCGCCGCCUGGACGUACAAGUUCGGACCCGGCGCGCUCCUCUACAUCCCGAACCACUGGCCGCAGCUCAUCUCGGCUGCGCUCGCCUGGUCUGCUUUCCUCGCCACGUUCGUAUACUACCAGAGCUACAUUGGAACCCAAAUGCUCGCGCUGGGAGGAAACACCCCCAACCCGUUCUACAACGCGAGUCCCGUCUUCCGGUCGCCUCACUGGUUCAUCGGCCGGGGCCUCAACCCACGUCUCGGCGACUUCGACAUCAAGGCUUUCAACGAGAUGCGACCGGGCCUCAUCCUCUGGAUCGUCAUCGACCUCUCGAUGGUUGCGUACCAGUACUCGACUAUCGGACGCGUCACCGACAGCAUGAUCCUCACCGUCGCGUUCCAUUCGUGGUAUGUACUGGACGCCGAAUUCAAUGAGCCUGCCAUCCUCACGACUAUGGACAUCACGACCGACGGCUUCGGCUUCAUGCUCUCGGUCGGCGACCUCCUCUGGGUGCCGUUCACCUACUCCUACACGGCGUACUACCUCGCCUUCCACCCAAAGGACAUCGGCCUCUCAGGCUGCGCGGGCGUCCUCGCCGUCCAGCUCGUCGGGUACUGGAUCUUCCGCAGCAGCAACAACGAGAAGAACGAGUUCAGGUCCGGCAGGAACCCGAAGAAUCUCACGUCGAUGCAGACUGAGCGCGGAACUCGCCUCCUCACGUCUGGCUGGUGGGGCAUGUCCCGUCACCCGAACUACCUCGGCGACUGGAUCAUGGCCUGGGCAUGGUGCUUGCCCUGCGGCUUCUCCACCCCGCUGCCGUACUUCUACCCCAUCUACUUCGGCAUCCUCCUCGUCCACAGGCAGACGAGGGAUGAUGAGGCGUGCGCGAAGAAGUACAAGAAGGACUGGGAGACGUACAAGCGUCUCGUUCCCUGGCGCAUCAUCCCCUAUGUCUACUAG